AUGGAAAAGCUCAAAACUCUACUGGUUGCAAAUCGAGGUGAGAUCGCAGUUCGACUGAUUAAGACAGCCAAGAGAUUAGGGGUCAGGACCAUAUCGAUCUACACUCCUGCUGAUGCCGCUUCUAUUCAUGUCGGUGCAGCAGAUCAUGCUGUACUCCUUUCCGGACCCGACUCCAAGGCAUAUUUGGACGGUGAUCAAAUUAUCAAAGUAGCUCAGGACAACCAUGUAGAUGCAAUUAUACCCGGAUAUGGUUUCUUAUCAGAAAACGCAGAAUUUGCAAGGCAGAUCGCAGAAGCCGGUAUGGUCUUUGUAGGACCAAGCCCUAAGGCUAUCGAGGACUUUGGUAUCAAACAUACAGCUAGAGAGCUCGCCUCGGCGGCAGAGGUACCUAUCGUGCCAGGAACGAAAGGUCUGGUUGGCUCGGAGGAUGAGGCUACUUCAGAGGCAAAUAGGCUCGGAUAUCCAGUGAUGUUAAAGGCCACGGCCGGAGGUGGUGGUAUGGGCUUACUGACCUGUAACAACGAUGGCGAUGUUCGCAAAUCAUUCAAGACUGUUCAAUCUCGUGGCGAAACGCUCUUCAAAAACGCAGGUCUCUUCAUUGAAAAGUUCUACCCAAAUUCGCAUCAUAUAGAAGUGCAAGUUUUCGGCAAUGGCCGAGGCAAGGCGAUUCAUUUCGGCGAGCGAGAGUGUUCGAUUCAGCGAAGACAUCAAAAGGUCAUCGAAGAAUGUCCAAGUCCCUUCGUAAGCAAGCAUCCUGAGCUACGAGACAAGAUUUGCUCAGCUGCAGUCCGACUCGCAGAGUCAAUUAGCUACUCAUCCGCUGGUACGGUAGAGUUCUUGGUUGACGAUGAGCAUACAGGAUUCUUCUUUCUGGAAAUGAACACAAGAUUGCAAGUCGAGCAUGGUAUUACUGAGAUGUCUUAUAACGUGGACCUCGUCGAGCUUAUGCUCAAACAAGCAGAUUGUGAACUCGCUGGCAAAAGCGGGUUGGAAGCUGGUUAUCUCCAGAAGUUGCAGCCUUCCUCGCCAACAGGGUUUGCCGUCGAGGCGCGAGUAUAUGCAGAGAACCCAGCCAGAGAUUAUGCGCCUUCACCUGGAUUGUUGCAAGAAGUGAUUUGGAAAGAGGUCCCUGGCUCCAGGAUCGACACAUGGGUACAUCGAGGCAUUCGCGUAUCUGCCAACUACGACCCCUUGCUCGCAAAAGCUAUGGUGCAUGCGAACACACGAGAAAAGGCAAUAGCCGGACUGAAGGACUUACUGACAGGAACACGGAUCUCAGGUCCACCAACGAAUCUUGAUUUUCUGGCUUCUAUUCUGGGCGAUAGUACGUUUGAGUCAGGCAUAACACUGACGAACUUUUUGUCAAGCUUCGAGUACAGGCCAGCAGCAAUUGAUGUGACCGCAGGUGGCGCUUAUACGUUAGUCGAGGACUGGCCGGGCCGACCAUCUGUAGGACGUGGUUUCGGCCAUAGCGGGCCCAUGGAUCCUGUUACUUUUCGAAUAGCUAACCUCCUUGUUGGAAACGAACAAAGUGUCGCUGGCCUCGAGAUAACACUCAGUGGACCUGACCUCAAGUUUCUGGGCCCAGCUGUGGUAGCUUUGUGCGGUGCUCCGAUGGAGGCACAACUAGAUGGUGAGAAAUUUCCUAUGUGGACACGCAGAAGAAUUGAGGCGGGUCAACGGCUGAAGAUUGGCAAGACUACUGGUGGUGGUUGUCGAUCGUACCUGGCCAUCCAUGGCGGACUUCCUACCAUCGCGACAUGGUUUGGGUCAAAGAGCACGGCGCCAAUGACGACUGUAGGCGGCUAUCAAGGAAGAGCACUAGCUGCAGGCGACUUGCUCGGCAUUGUGAAGGACCCUCCACAUUUCCAAGAUGAUUUGAAGCUGCCAGACAGCCUAAUUCCGUCCUAUCCAGAAGAAUGGGAUCUUCUUGCGAUGCCUGGCCCGCACGACGAGGGAUUUCUGAAGCAGGACUUUGUUGACGAGUUUUAUAAGACGACUUUCAAGGUCUCUCAUAAUGCUGCAAGAGGUGGAAUUCGACUAAUAGGACCGCGACCACGAUGGGAGAGGCUCGAUGGCGGAGAGGGAGGUGCACAUCCUAGUAACGUCAUUGAGUACGGCUAUCCGCUUGGUACGGUCAAUUGGACUGGUGAUGACCCGUGUUUGUUUCCAGUCGAUGCCCCGGAUUUUGGUGGGUUCUUGUCCAGCGUGACUAUCAUCAAGGCUGACUGGUGGCGUGUUGGUCAGAUGAAGGCAGGAAACAAAUUGCGCUUUCAUCGUAUCUCGUAUGAUGAUGCUAUAGCUAAACGUCAGGAGAUUGAGAAUUUCCUCGACUCUAUCGAGAAGUGUUGCAAAGGACAAGCACAAUUUGGGGACGUGUCCGCCUUGAAAUAUCAAGGUCUGCCACAAUCUGGUGAGAAUGGUGGAUGGGAGUCGGCAGUCAUUCACCAAAUCAAGGAAGAGGCUAACCAACCUCUUGUAUCAUACAGACAAGGUGGUGACGACUUUCUCCUCGUCGAUUAUGGUCACGGCUCGUUCGAUCUGAAUUAUCGGUGUCGGGCUGUAACACUAUACAAGAAGUUGAGAGAGGCCGAGGGUCAGAUAUCCUUCAACAAUGGCAGUCUGAAUGUAGGGAUGCCUUGUGGUAACUCCUUGAUGCUCCAUUUCAACUCCUUGAAAGUGCGUAGACCAGAACUUCUGGAAUAUCUCAUCAAACUGGAGUCCGAGAUAGGUGAUCUGAGCGAAGCCAAGUUUCCUGGUCGCAAGUACAAAUUGCCUAUUACUUUUAAGAACAAGGCACAGGAAGAGAGUCUGAAGAGAUAUAUGGAAACUCAACGACCUUAUGCCAGUUACCUGCCAGAUCCGAUGGCAUUUGUGGCUAAGAACAACGGAUUCAGUGACCAGCAGUUGCGCGAUAUCUUUGUCAAAUCCUCCCUUAUGGUAGUGGCCAUUGGAUUCUUCAUCGCCCUGCCAAUAGCACUCCCAAUUGAUCCGCGUCAACGCAUCCAGUGUCCGAAGAUGAAUCCUUCUCGUGUACACACCCCAGAGGGACAGGUCGGUUGGGGUGGCUCGUGCAUGGCUCUAUACAACGUUGAGUCGCCAGGUGGCUACAUGAAUACAGGCUUGUCCAUACCCUCAGCAGAUAUCUUGGGGUUCAAGAACGCCUAUAGCUUGGAAAAGCCCUGGCUGUUUGAUGACUUUGACCAGAUCACUUUCUAUGAGGUUUCGGAAGAACAAUAUCAAACUCUGAUGCAGGAGUUCCGAAGUGGCAGGUAUCGAUACGAGAUAGAGGACGUAGAAUUUGAUAUGAAGCAGCACAACGAGCUGUUGAAAACAACAGCAGACGAAGUCAAGGAGAUCCGCCGAAAGCAAAGAGAAGCACAGGCAGAAAUGGAUAAGGUUGAGAAAGAAAUGCUUGAGAAGUGGAACAAGGAGAAGGAGGAGGGCAAGAUAUCAGUCGACACUGUUGAGGAAUUGCUUGGUGACCCAGACAUCAUACCCGUGGAAGCACCGGUCAAUGCCAAUGUGUGGAAGAUCCAGGUUAGCGAAGGGGACGAGCUGAAAGAGGAUCAGGUGGUUGCGAUACUCGAAGCAAUGAAACUCGAGAUCAACGUCAAUGCGGAAGGCUCUAUGGCAGGCGCGAAGGUAGAGAAGUUGCUUGUCAAGCCGAAUGAUGUCGUUGACGCUGGCAAGCCUUUGAUGCUGCUGAGGAAGGGUCAGAAAUGA